GGGUUUGAAGCUGUCAUGCUUAUGGUGUUGUGAGUGACAUUCGCAAAAUUUUUAUAUUAAAUUACAAAAUAAUUAUUUAGAAAUAACUACAAAACACAAAUACAAUCCACGUCUGUAAAGAUCAAUAUUUAGCGGUGAUAAAAACGCUGUAAAAAUGUUAAUUAAAGUUAAAACUCUUACGGGAAAAGAAAUAGAAAUCGACAUAGAACCAACAGAUAAAGUUGAACGAAUUAAGGAAAGAGUAGAAGAAAAAGAAGGAAUUCCUCCACAACAACAGAGGUUAAUUUUUUCUGGAAAGCAGAUGAACGAUGAGAAGACUGCCCAAGACUAUAAAGUUCAAGGUGGAUCUGUUCUGCAUUUAGUAUUAGCGCUUCGAGGAGGAAAAUGAAUUGUUCAUUACUUUGUUGCUGAGGGAUUAAUUAUAAUUAGGUUAUAAUGUAAUGAUUAUUGAAACAUUUUGCUGAAGCUUUGCUCUUUUUGUUUUAAUAAAUUUGUAAUGUGAUC